AUGGCCCCCUCCGACCGUCUCAACCAGGUCAAUGAGCACCUCAACUACCCAGCCGGUCUGCUGGCAGGCCAAGUAGCCAUCAUCACCGGAGCAGGCCAGGGUAUCGGCGCCGAAGCCGCGCGUCUCUUCGCCAACGAGGGCGCAAAGGUCGUCGUGGCCGAUAUUGACGCUAAAAAGGCCAACAGCGUCGCGGACGCCAUUAACGCCGCCAAGGCUGGUCGCGCCCUGGCCGUCGUCGGCGAUGUCACUGAUAGCAACUACAUCACCGAGCUGGUGAAGAAGACUGCUGAGUUCGGUAAUGGGAAGAUUCAUAUCAUUGUUAAUAAUGCGGGCUUUACCUGGGAUGGUGUGAUUCACAAGAUGACCGACAAGCAAUGGGAAACCAUGCUGGCUGUGCACAACACCGCUCCCUUCCAGCUUAUCCGCGCUGCAUCGCCCUACUUCCGCGUCAAAGAUAAGGAGCCUCGCGUUAUUAUCAACAUCAGCAGUACGAGUGGCAUUCACGGUAACGCAGGCCAAACAAACUACGCAGUCGCCAAAGCCGGCGUCGUAGGCCUAACCCGCACAAUCGCCAAAGAAUGGGGUCCAGCCUUCGGCGUGCGCUCCAACACCAUCGCCUUCGGCUACGUCACGACCCGUCUAACCGGCGCAAAGGAAGAAGGCGCCUUCAUCACCACUCCAGACGGCACAAAGGUCGCUCUUGGUAUCCCCGGGAAGCAGUUGGCGUCUAAGAAGGGGGAUGUUGAGAAAGCGGCUGCUGAGGCGUAUCCGGAUAUUCCGUUGCGUAGACCGGCUAGUCCUGAGGAGGCGGCUAGGGCUAUCCUUGGUGUGGCUUCGCCUUGGUUUUCGUAUGUUAAUGGGGAGACGAUUCGGGUUACUGGUGGACGGAAUAUGUAG